ACCGUUGGCGCUAACGUGUAAUCCACCACAGCGUUUCCAGGCGUCGGAUUUCGAGCAUCCCAAUUUCACUGAGGCCAAUUCCUAGCGCUUACCAUCUUUUGGGCGCCGGAUGCAAAAGCUGGGCAUCGGCCACUUUACGUCUCCAUGGGUGCAGUGUGAUUAUAUUAUCUUGUGUUACACCAGGCAGACUGGAGCAGCAGACCAUGAGCUCGGUUGCAAGAACAAUGGCGAAACAGACCGUGGCCGUGAUAGGAGCAGGCCCUUCUGGGCUGUCCAUGCUCAAGCAGCUCCGCGACGAUGGCUUCGCGGUGUCGGGCUUCGAGCGGCGGGACAAGGUCGGCGGGCUGUGGGCCUACUCGGACAACACGGCGUACACGACGGCGCUGCCGCGGACCAUGGCCAACAUCUCCAAGUUCACGUGCGGCUUCAGCGACUUCCCCAUGCCGGACAAGUACCCGAUCUACAUGAAGACGGAGCACUUCCAGGACUUCAUGGAGAGCUACGCCCGGCACUUUGACACCCUGCGGCACUGGAACCUGAACACGACCGUCCGCGGGGCGUCGCGCAACGCCGACGACACCAAGUGGGCGCUCGAGGUCGAGACGGCCGGCGGGGACGGGCCCAGGACGCUCGAGUUCGACAAGGUCGUCUUCUGCCACGGGUACCAGACCAGGGCCGUCGUGCCGGCCUUCGAGGGCCAGGAGCUGUUCGAGGGCGUCGUCAUGCACUCGCAGCAGUACCGCGGCCCGCAGCCCUUCGCCGGCAAGCGCGUCCUCGUGCUGGGCCUCUCGUCGACCACGGGCGACAUCGCCCCGGACCUGAUGCCGCACGCCGCCCACCCGGUCUACCUCUCUCACCGGCGCGGGGCCCUGCCCUUCCGCCGCUUCCGCAAGGGCGUGCCCAACGACACGCAGGUGACCUGGCGGCGGCGCCAGAUGUCCCACCUCCUGCAGCGGCACUUCCCGGGGCUGGCGAAGCUGCUCGCCGACGCCUUCCUGGCGUGGUUCGCCCGGCUCAUGUUCCCCAACCUGAAGCCCGAGUGGCGCCUCCUGCCCAUCCCCAGCAUCCUGCUCAGGCUCCCGGGCAGCUUCGAGAACAUCAUGCCGUUCCUCGAGGACGGCAGCCUGCAGUCCGUGCACGGCCUGAGGCGGUUCCUGGGGCCGAGGACGGUCGAGCUGCUGGACGGCACGGUGCUGGAUGACGUCGACGCCGUGGUGCUGUGCACGGGGUACAAGGCGGACUGGGGCGUGGUGGGCGGCUCCUUCGUGGAGACGAGCACGCCCACGGCGCACGGCUACAAGGGUGACCCCAUCUACAGGAUGUGGAUGAACCUGUUCCCGCCCAGGUACGCCGACUCGUGCGCCAUGCUGUGCUACUCGGCCUUUGGCAAGUCCAACGGCUUCUCGUUCGCAGACGUGACCUCCAUGGCGGUGUCCAACGUCUUCCGCGGGGUCGAGCCGCUCCCUUCCCUCCCGGAGAUGAACGCGUGGAUCGACAGGCACCAGGAGUGGGUCGCCUCGCGCUGGGCGAUGGACAACAGCGCCGACACGAGCAUGGUCAAGCAGUAUGAGUUCCAGGGCUGGCUGCACCAUGCGGCCGGGACGGGCAUGGAGAACCUGAGCCCGUUCAGGUGGGAGGGGUGGAAGUUCUGGUGGCGGGACCGCAAGAUGUAUAAGCUCAUGAACGACGGCGUUGAGACGGCGCACAUGUACAAGUAUUUCGAGACGGGGAAGAGGAAGACCUGGGACGGGGCCAGGGAGGCGAUACUGCAUGCGAAUGAGGUCAUCAAGCAGGUUUUGCCCAUUACUGAGGAGCAGGAGAAGGAAAUAUUGGCGGGGAACCCAGGCGUUCGCAAAUAGGCCAGGGACUAUUCCUCAGACGUUUUUGCAUUCUGCUAAGAUUAAUGCUUCAUUAUAGCCUCUUUCAAGUACGUUAUCUUAGGUGCCAAUGGUAUCUUACGUAGGUAUGCUGUUACGCGGAAGAGAAGAC